AUGAAGAACUUUGCCACAACACUCGUCACCGCGCUCCUCGCCGCUACCGAAGGAGUCUACGCGUUUCCCAGCACCGGAACCACCCCGCUGAGGGAGGAGGCAAGCAAGAAGGACAUUCUCAUCGGGUCUGGGGCGAUCAACCCGACCUACCUCAAUGAUCCCAAGUUCGCGGCCGUCCUUGCCAACCAGUUCAACAGCCUCUCUCCCGAAAAUGAGGGGAAGUGGUCGUUCUUUAACCCGACCGAAGGGUACUACAACUGGACCUCCCUCGACCGCCUCGUUGACUUCGCGGAAGACAACAAUAUGGUGGUCAAGGGACACGGGCUCAUUUCGAGCUGCUGUAACCCCGACUACGUGCUCAACAUCACCGACCCCACAGCCCUUCGUGCUGCGAUGACGGCUCACUUCGAGGCGUUCAUGCACCGGUACCACAAGAGGAUGGAUCGGUGGGACGUCGUCACCGAGGCCCUCGAAACGCAGGGCGGCGGCCUGAAUGCGAAUAUCUUCUAUAACGUACUCGGUUCCGGCUACAUCGCAGAUGCCUUCCGCAUCGCCCGUGCAGCCGGCCCGGACGCUAAGUUGUUCAUCAACGAGAAUCUUGUUGAAUCACUCCCCGGCAAGCGCCAGGAACUCUACGACCUCGUCUCCGGACUCGUGGCGGACGGCAUCCCGAUUGACGGAAUAGUCAACUCCUACACGGCGCUCGGACUGGAAGUGACAAUUGCUGAACUGGAUGUCCACACACUUGACAACGCACUCGAGACCGACAUCUACGGUGCCGUUGUCGGCGAGGCUCUCAAAGCAGGAAUCACCGACAUUAGCUUCUGGGGCUUCACGGAUAAGCAUGCCUACACCUGGGUGCCGGGCGCAAAGCCCUUGAUGUUUGACCAGUGCUACAAGCCCAAGAGCGAGUUUUACGCCACUCACAGUGCCCUCGCGAACUUCGUCAGCGGGCCCUAG